AUGCCUCACUUCUACUCCCUACCGGCCGAAAUCCAGAACAUGAUUCUCGGUUUCGUCGCCGACACACCCCACACAACAUCCUCUUCCCCUCCGAAACCCGGUCUGGCCCCCUACGCCUGCGUCGAUAAGUUCUGGAACUCGUUCUUCGAGUCAAGAACAUUCAAAAACCUCACCAUCACGCAAGCCGAUAUCCCCUCCCUCUCGCACAUCGUGGGCCGCCGCAGACGCACACUGCUCAAGCAUCUCUGGCUUCGCAUCGCGCUGCCAAAGUACGGUACUUCACCGUGUAAAAGGGACGAAAAGCCCAAGGUCAUCUGGCGACUAGACACGGUUUUUACCAGGUCCAUUUCCGACCUCUGGGAUGCCCUUUCGGAGUGGGACAGCACUGGACACAAGGGCAUGACCCUCGAACUUGGCGUUUUUUCGCCGAGUGACUGGGCAAGCUUCAUGAGCCAUGCCUGUUCUGUCCAACAGGACGUCGAGCUCUACAAGCAGUAUCUCACAUCUGGCUCGGCAGAGCAGUAUGAAGCCAUCGGAGAUGUGCACUGGCCGUACAUCGCCAUGCACAGGACUUUCAACCCGGGACAAGGGCUUCUCACCACUGCGGAGCGUAAACAGCACUGGUUUGCGACCACCAACAACCUGCUCGGGUGGAAGCCGCUCGAUUUCACCGAUAACGCUGCGGAGUUACCUCCAGUCUCGGUAGUGACCAAGUUCCUCGUCCGACGACAGCAGUUCCGGGAGAUAUAUCCCACUGCCCUGAACAAGAUGCUUGAGAGUCUAUCGGCUGUCCAAGACAUCCACGUCGAACGAUGGCGCUGCGCAGAGUCCCACGACGAAAAGGCCUGGUGCAAGGAGGCACAGAAAACCUUUGGGAUGCUUCUACCGCCAUCAGUCAAGAGUCUCACUCUGUACGGUGAUACGAGCAGUAUCCUUCAGAAGUGGGAGGCCAAGCAGGCCACAGUAGUCAGCCUGGCCAAGACGCUGCGACAGUACACCAGGAACCUGGAGUACCUCUCUAUUUCGCAUCUAAUAGAUGCAAAGGAGUUUCUGCGCCCGUUCUGGCCGGCCAACUCUGAAGAGGCCACCAGAUCGUUACCCGACUGGAAGAACCUGAAGAGACUAUCACUCACAUCCGACAUCUUCAACACCGGCACAGAGAAGGACGUAAACAACCUUUUGUGCGCUGCUGCUCGUGCAGCGAGGAAGAUGCCCAGCCUCGAGAUUCUGGAGCUAUGGAACGGCAAUGACGAGAGAGCUUCUGUCUUUAGCUACCGGGCAAACGGCGAGAUGACUUGGCGCGGAACACAUAUCCCAACCCUCGACGAUGAAGUGACCGGGGCUUGGGAGGCUUCUUCCGUCAGCAACAGUCGCCCAUGUAUCAGGGAAUCAUUCAAGCCCAUCAAGACAGACGAUGUUACAUCUACCAGGCGAGUCAUCGACUACUUGGCCAGCAAUGACCAAGUUCUGCAUCCUGUAUCUGCCAGCAGGGCGAUUGGAAAGAGAAGGAGGAAUGACUUGGCCGACUACGAGAUGAAAGCCAACAAAAGGGCGAGAGCGAUACAAAUUAGGAGGAUGAAUGUUGCCUGGCGCAACAGUACGAUACGAGUCUAG